CCUCCCCGCUGCGACCCCCAGGACGGAGGGCCUUUCCUAGGACCCGCUCUCCACGGCACAUCUGUGGGAGAGGAGGGACGUACAUUCGGGAGAGAGUGGGACGUGGGCCGUGGGGCUGGGGUGUUAAGUUGGGGGGACGGGCUGUGAAUGCAGGCUCCAGCUGUGCAGACUACCCAUCCUUUUCUUGGCUCCAAGGAGAAAGGCAAGCCUGGCAGCCAUUCCUCUCUGAGGAGGUCUGGGCGAACCCCACCAGCCGGCUGCCCAAGCUGCUGAGGGGACGAGGGAACCACUGCCCCCCGCCCCCUGCGGUGUCCUCCUGCCUCCGAGCUGGAUCUUACCCCGCCCCGCACCGCAGUGACCUCCCCUUCCUCACUGCAGUGACCUUCUCCUUUCCCCCUGGAAGGGGUGGGGGAAUCCCUUCUCCAGCCGGUGGUGGCGGCCUGCUCCUCCCCACCCCCACCCACUGCAGUAACCUCUUUCCCAUCCUCCUAGCCUCUGGCCCCGCCCACGAUCUCAGGCUCCACCCCUCUAAGCCUCUUACCUUUCUCCUUACUUCCCUUCCACCCAAGGAGAUCCCAGCCAUCAUGUCGAUAACGAAGAUCUGGGCCCGUGAGAUCUUGGACUCCCGUGGAAACCCCACUGUGGAGGUGGAUCUCUACACUGCCAGAGGUCUUUUCAGGGCCGCAGUGCCCAGUGGAGCCUCCACUGGGAUUUAUGAAGCCCUGGAGCUAAGGGAUGGGGACAAACAGCGUUACUUAGGCAAAGGUGUCCUGAAGGCCGUGGACCACAUCAACACAACCAUUGCACCAGCCCUCAUCAGCUCAGGUCUCUCUGUGGUGGAGCAGGAGAAGCUGGACAACCUGAUGUUGGAGUUGGAUGGGACAGAGAACAAAUCCAAGUUUGGGGCGAAUGCCAUCCUGGGUGUGUCCUUGGCCGUGUGUAAGGCAGGGGCAGCCGAGCGGGAAUUGCCACUAUAUCGCCACAUUGCUCAGCUGGCUGGGAACUCAGACCUCAUCCUGCCUGUGCCGGCCUUCAACGUGAUCAAUGGUGGCUCCCAUGCUGGGAACAAGCUGGCCAUGCAGGAGUUUAUGAUCCUUCCGGUGGGUGCCGAGAGCUUUCGUGAUGCCAUGCAACUUGGGGCGGAGGUCUACCACACGCUCAAGGGAGUCAUCAAGGACAAGUAUGGCAAGGAUGCCACCAAUGUGGGAGAUGAAGGCGGCUUUGCCCCCAACAUCCUGGAGAACAGUGAGGCCUUGGAGCUGGUGAAGGAAGCCAUUGACAAGGCUGGCUACACGGAAAAGAUUGUCAUUGGCAUGGAUGUCGCUGCCUCAGAGUUUUAUCGUGAUGGCAAAUAUGACUUGGAUUUCAAGUCUCCUGCUGACCCUUCCCGAUACAUCACUGGGGACCAGCUGGGGUCCCUCUACCAGGACUUUGUCAGGGACUAUCCUGUGGUCUCCAUUGAGGACCCCUUUGACCAGGAUGACUGGGCUGCCUGGUCGAAGUUCACGGCCAAUGUAGGGAUACAGAUUGUGGGUGAUGACCUGACAGUGACCAACCCAAAGCGUAUCGAGCGGGCACUGGAAGAAAAGGCCUGCAACUGCCUGCUGCUCAAGGUCAACCAGAUCGGUUCAGUCACUGAAGCUAUCCAAGCGUGCAAGCUGGCCCAGGAGAAUGGCUGGGGGGUCAUGGUGAGUCAUCGCUCAGGGGAGACUGAGGACACCUUCAUCGCAGACCUGGUGGUGGGGCUGUGCACAGGCCAGAUCAAGACUGGUGCCCCGUGCCGUUCUGAGCGUCUGGCUAAGUACAACCAGCUCAUGAGAAUUGAGGAAGAGCUGGGAGACGAAGCUCGCUUUGCCGGACACAAUUUCCGCAAUCCCAGCGUGCUGUGAUCCCUCUACUCUCCUGGAGACUGGGACCCCCUCCACCCUCCUGGAACCCCUUCCUGUCCUGCUCUGUGAUAUUUCACCCCAGACACCCCAGCUGACCUGCCGCACGGCUCCUGGGCUUGUCCCACCCCUGCUGUCUCUACUCUCCCCCUCUGGGUUCCACACUCUUCACUUCUCCUCUCUUCCUUUUCUCUCUCCUCAAAGACUGGCCACAGGACUGAGGAUUAUAAGGGGGUCCGUGGAAGAAUGAUCAGGGUCUGUGACAGGAGCAUCAGGGUUGGCUGCUGAGGUGUUCAGGGAGGGACCCUGGGUCACUUGUGCUUUGCACCUGUUCCAUGUGUUUUCCACGUUGCAGAUGAGCCAGGCACUGCAUGGUGCUGAGGUGGAGGGAGGUGCUGGCUGCUGGGCAUGCCUGCCCUGAGGUUUUAGUGUGUUAUUUAUUUAUUUAUUUAUUUAUUUAUUUAUUUUUCACUCAUCCUGUUGAUUAUUCAUUUCCUCAUGACUCCAGGGCCAAAAACUGGCCUGGCUGGAGGGGACUAUGUAUUUCAUAUGGCUAUAGAUUCUGAGAUGGUCUGGGAUGGAAGUCUUGCUGGAAUGCUGAAGGGAACAGAAAAAGGCCUUGCUGGCAGUUCCUUUGUGUGUAGCAACCCUUCACUGAAGCCUGGCUGGGGCCAGAGAUGGGGCUGUGCGCCUGGGGACUCUUCCCCGGAACUCUCUUCCCAGCCCUACCUUCCCUGUUCUUUCUCCAGCUGCCCCAGAGCAAGGUCUUGCUCCCACCAUGCCAUGUUCCACAGUUCCCACCACCUCUGACAUUGAAAUGAACACCACCAUUAAAGUCUGAAUCACAGUGCAUUAUUGUGUCCGAGGAGUCUGACUGUAGUUCAUAUGAGGGGAGAGAAGAUGGUGACACUGGAUAGCAGAGCUGGGGAGGGCACAAGAGGAGGAAGACAAAUAGAACAAAUAUGGCCAAGAUGAUGACAUUGCCUCCCCCACCCUAGCCAGGUGAGGGCCACGCUGCCCCUGCCUUCUCAGCAGCAAGCUUGGCCCCAAGAUCCAGGUGAAUGAGCAGUUCUUAAUCUGGUGCAGGAAUUCUUCAAAUCACCAAAAAUGUGUGUAUGUGCAUUUUGGAGGAGAGGUGGCCACAGUGUUUUCAGAUUCCCAAAGAGCCUUGACCAGAGAAGGGAUAAAUCUGUGAACUAGAGCAGCUCCCAUACUGGGCCUCUCCAAACCCCAAUCCUGUCUGCUUCGGGGAUGGAACAGCAUUGCAUGGCCACCACUCCCUGCAAGGUGGGGAACCAGGAGGGACGGAUGGUACCAGGGGCUGAAGAAAAAGGCCUCCAGUAAACUGGAGAUUCAACUCCCUCCAGCUGGGUCAGCCUGCAAGUAGGGUGCCAGUGUGUGGCUGAAGAUACACCACAACUCUUUAGCUCCUGUGGAGCCCCAGCACUGAGAUGGGAACCCAAGAACCACUCAGGGGGAGAACCCUUUGAACACCAGGGGCUGUGGAAAGCUGUGGCCACUAGAGGGAGGCAAGGUUCCGCAGGACACGGUACAGCCCGGCUAAAGGUAGGUGGGAGGGAUUUCAAGGUUGUUCCCUCUGUGGGCCUCCCACUCCGUUUCUGAGUUCUGGUCCUGGGAUCCCUCUGCCAUCCCACCCAGCUCCAGGACAAGAAGAUCCCAGUUCUGCAUGGGCAGAACCCAUUUCUCGGCCCUGUCCUUCCUGUGUCGCUGACACGUCCUCCAUUUGAGUUCAAAGAACUUGCACCCGCUCCUCAGUGCCUCUUCAUUUCAGUGCGGGCAUCUCAUCUUUCCCUUCUCUCCUGAGUCUCCUGGCGCCUUUUCUGUUUCCCUCGGGGCACACUACACUUUCCGUUGGGCCUCUUGGUUCUCUCUGGGGUGCGUUAGACUCAUUUUUCCUUAGUA